GCGGGGCGGGGCCGGGCGGGGCGAGCGGCGGGGCCGGAGUUGCGGCGCGGCCGGGAUGCGGGAUGCAGGAUGCUGGCGGGCGACAGGCUCCCGCGGCGGCUGCCCUGCUGCUCCAUGAGCGCCGCCCCGCCGCCCUGGCUCUGCGCGCUGGGGCCCGCGGCCGGGCUGCUCGGGGUGGGCGCCGGGGUCGCGCCCGCCGCCCUGCUGCUCGCCUCGGCCCAGCCCCCCGGCCCGCCGCCCCCCGCCUGGCCGGGCCCCGCCGACCCGCUGCUGCCGCUGCCCCCCGCGCCCGCCACCGCGCACCCCUUCCCGCUGCUGCGCGGCCAGUGGCUGUUUGGAGGCUACUCCCCGCCCCUGGGGCUGCUUGCCGCGUCCUCUGUGGAGCUGGUGCCCGUCUUCCCACACGUCUGGCCCUCCGCCCUGCCCUCCGCCCUGCCCGCUCCUUCGGGGAAAAGCUGGACGGACAAAAGGACACCCAGCUACAAGAUCUUUGUUGACGAUUCAUUUGCUCUGGACUCAACGUGGGUCUAUCGCGAGGAAUCCAGGUUGUUCCACGGGCUCCACAAGCCUCACCUGUUGGCAGACCGGGUCUCAGUGUCUGUGUCCCGCCCGGCUCCGGCCCCCAGGCCCCUGGCCGCCACACUGCUGCUGGCCUCACAGCCCCUCGCAGCAGGUGGCUGCCACUCAGGCCUCAAGCCCAUCAGCAGUGGCCCCGCCAUUGCCAUUACCUCCACCGCUGCUGCCAUGGUCUCCCUGAGCCCUGAGUGCCUGGGGCGUCCGGCCCCCCUCAGCCUGCAGCCCUGCCACUUGGUGACGCUGGCUCCCCUCAGACUCCCCCUGCACCCCAGCCUGCUCUCAGGGAGAGGCCGGUCUGGGAGCCGUGCACCCCACGCCCCUGCCCUGGUGCUGCACACAGAGAGGGCGGGCCCCCCCAGGGAUCCUGGAGACAAGGAGCCCCCGGCCACUCUGGUGGCCCGAGAGGACAUCUCGGCCAAAGGCAGCCGUCCCGUGGCCUCCAGGCCGGUGCCCGGGUCCCCCUGGUGCGUGGUGUGGACAGGAGACGACCGAGUCUUCUUCUUCAACCCCAGCAUGCGGUUGUCGGUCUGGGAGAGGCCUCUGGACCUGAAGAACCGCGGAGACCUCAGCCGGAUCCUGCAGGACCCCCCCCACAAACGCAAACUGGAGGCCUCGGCGGUGGACAGCAGUGACAGCUCAGGCGCCGAGGACGCCCGGGAAGCCCCAGCCGUGAAAGCCAAGAGGAACCGGACAGAGAGCAGCGGUCAGAGCCCAGGGAUAGAGGAAGUGGCCGGCCAGGAUGGGGACCCCAAGACACCGUCCCUGGCACCCCAGAUCCUGCAGCCCCUGGAGGAGCGGGCCACCCACUUCCGGGACAUGCUGCUGGAGCGAGGGGUGUCCGCCUUCUCCACCUGGGACAAGGAGCUUCACAAGGUCGUGUUUGACCCCAGAUACCUGCUACUGAACUCGAACGAGCGCAAGCAGAUAUUUGAGCAGUUUGUGAAGACCAGGGUUCGAGAGGAGCACCGGGAGAGGAGGAGCCGGCUGCAGCUGGCCAGGGAGGCCUUCCGGAAGCUGCUGGACGAGGCCGAGGUGACCCCCAGGACCUCGUUCAAGGAGUUCGCGGAGAAGCACGGCCGGGACCCUCGCUUCCGCUCGCUGCAGAAGCCCAAGGAGCAGAGGCUGCUCUUCAGCCAGUUCGUGCCGCGGCGGCAAGACAAGGAGAACAGACUGCGGCUGCACAGGGCCAGGUGAGGCGCCGCCAGGCCCGAGGAUGCGUUUCACACUGAAGCUCUUCUAUGCCCGGGCCGCGCCCCUUGGUGCCCACUGCCCCGCCCGGCCCGGCCGCCUGCGCCCCCCCGCUCCCCUCUCAAGUCCCGUGUGAGUUCUUGUGAUUCCUGGGUGUUUGGGACCCCCGGCCCUUGUGCAGCCCCAGGAUUCUGUCUAGUUGCCGCGUAGUCAUGCUAGGGAAUGCUUUCUCUCACCCUGACGGCUCUGAGCCUCGGCCCGGGCCACCACAGCCAGUCAGGGUGCGAGGCCGGUGCCCUCUCCACCCACGGGGGCGUGGGGCCCGAGCUGACCCUUGGUGGCCCCGACUGAAAAAGUUAUUUUGUACAAAGCCAUCAUAUUGAUAUUUGAGUUAUUUUUAUCGUAUGCCCAGAGUUUGCAUGAGAUUUCCUCAUCCUCUUUGUACAAAGAAAGUUUUUAAUUUUUUUUAUUCAAUAAAUAUUUUAAACCAG